UGGGGAUGUUACUCAGCGGCAGCGAGCGCCUCUGAGUGACUGAAUCCAUCGCACCCACUUUCUUUUGUCUACCUAUGGAUACCUUCGAUAACUUUCAGUACGAUUCCGCCUCCAGCUAUGGAGGCAUGGGGAUCGUCGAUGACAAUUCCUCUGUCUAUACCGCCAACACGGCCGACAAUGCCUCCUCGGUAGAUUUGUCCAGUCUCUCCAUCUCCGGGUCCUCCGAAUACAUCUCUUCGCCCGACGCGACCAAUGGUCAGACGAAUCCUCAUCACGCACCACGGGCAGGGAUCGAGGAGGAUUUUGAUGCUGUUUUGGAUGACCUGAAGGACGAUAGCGUGGUCGAUUUGCCGCCGCACGCCUGCAGCUACUGCGGCAUUCACUCGCCGGCGUCCGUCGUGAAGUGCCUCAUCUGCAACAAGUGGUUCUGCAACUCCCGGGGAAACACAUCCGCGUCGCACAUCGUGAACCACCUCGUCCGCGCCAAACACAAAGAGGUCAUCUUGCACGCGGAAAGCCCCCUCGGAGAGACCACCCCUGAAUGCUACAACUGCGGGAGCAAGAACGUGUUCAUGCUCGGGUUCAUCCCCGCGAAGAGCGACACAGUGGUGGUGCUGCUUUGUCGGCAACCAUGCGCCGCUAUCUCCAAGGACAUCUCCUGGAACGCCGCCCUCUGGGCUCCCCUUAUCGACGACCGGUCCUUCCUCUCCUGGCUCGUCAAACCUCCCAGCGAGGCGGAGCAGCUGCGCUCGCGUCAAAUCCCCUUUGCGCAGAUCAACCGCCUAGAGGAUCUCUGGCGCGAAAACGCCUCGGCCACCGUCGAGGACCUCGAGAAGCCCGGCGUCGACGACGAGCCGCAGCCCAUCCUGCUCAGAUACGAGGACGCGUACCAGUACCAAAACAUCUUUGGACCGCUCGUCAAGAUCGAGGCGGACUAUGACAAGCGUCUCAAGGAGAGCCAGACGCAGACCGAUAUCACUGUGCGGUGGGAUCUAGGUCUCAAUCAGAAGCGGGUCGCGUGGUUCGUGUUGCCGAAACUUGAGAGCGGAGAGGUUCGGCUGGCUGUCGGAGAUGAACUUCGCUUACGGUAUGCGGGAGAACUGCACAAGGCCUGGGAGGGUGUCGGUCAUGUCAUCAAAAUCCCGAACAACGUGUCGGACGAGAUUGGACUCGAACUUCGUCGCGCGGAGGGCGUGCCGUCAGAGUGCACCCAUAAUUUUGCCGCGGACUUUGUCUGGAAGUCAACGAGCUUUGAUCGAAUGCAGCUCGCGAUGAAGACGUUUGCUGUGGAUGAAAAGAGCGUUAGCGGUUACAUCUACCACAAAUUGCUAGGUCAUGAGCUGGAACCUCAGACCCUUCGCACCCAAAUGCCCAAGCGUUUCUCAGCUCCAGGUCUUCCGGAGCUCAAUCACUCGCAAAUGUAUGCGGUGAAAAGCGUCCUGCAGAAGCCCAUCAGCUUGAUUCAAGGCCCCCCUGGAACGGGCAAAACUGUGACGUCAGCGUCUGUCGUGUACCAUCUGGCCAAGAUGAACCCUGGACAAGUGCUCGUUUGCGCUCCGUCCAACGUCGCAGUCGAUCAGUUGACUGAGAAGAUCCACGCGACGGGUCUCAAGGUCGUCCGACUUACCGCCAAGUCUCGGGAAGCGCUGGACUCGAGUAUCAACUUUCUGACACUGCACCAGCAAGUGACGAACAGCACAACGCAUGUCGAGCUGCAGAAGCUCAUCAUGUUGAAGAACGAGCAGGGAGAGCUGAGCAGCAACGACGAGCGCAAGUACAAGACCCUCAUCCGGCAGUGCGAAAAAGAGAUUCUGGGCGCUGCGGAUGUUAUCUGCUGCACUUGUGUUGGAGCCGGCGACCCUCGUUUGAGCAAGCUCAAGUUCAGGACGGUUUUGAUUGACGAAGCGACUCAAGCUGCGGAGCCUGAGUGCAUGAUCCCGCUCGUUUUGGGCUGCAAGCAGGUCGUGCUGGUCGGCGAUCACCAGCAACUGGGGCCAGUUAUCAUGAACAAGAAGGCUGCGAGGGCGGGCCUAACGCAAUCGCUUUUUGAGCGUCUAGUGGUGCUCGGCAAUCGACCGAUCCGCUUGCAAGUGCAGUAUCGGAUGCAUCCGUGUCUGUCCGAGUUCCCUUCGAACAUGUUCUACGAAGGGACUCUGCAGAACGGCGUCACGGCCCCCGAACGACUGCGCAAGAACAUCGAUUUCCCGUGGCCUGUUCCCGACACGCCGAUGUUCUUCUACCAGAACUUGGGCCAGGAGGAAAUCUCGAGCAGCGGGACGUCGUUUCUGAACCGGACGGAGGCGUCGAAUGUGGAGAAGAUCGUGACCAAGUUCUUCAAAUCGGGUGUCGUGCCGGGCCAGAUUGGCGUGGUGACGCCGUACGAAGGCCAGCGGUCGUAUAUCGUGAACUACAUGCAGUUCAACGGGUCGCUCAAGAAGGAUCUGUACAAGGAGAUCGAGGUCGCGAGUGUGGAUGCGUUCCAGGGCCGGGAGAAGGACUACAUCAUCCUCAGCUGUGUUCGCAGUAACGAGCACCAGGGCAUCGGAUUCCUGAACGAUCCCCGGCGGUUGAAUGUCGCUCUGACUCGUGCCAAGUACGGUGUGGUCAUUCUCGGGAACCCUAAAGUUUUGAGCAAGCAUCCGCUUUGGCAUUACUUGCUGACCCACUACAAAGAGAAGAACUGCCUUGUUGAAGGGGCGCUUAGCAAUCUGCAAGCGAGCAUGAUCCAGUUCAGCAAGCCUCGUCGGACGCUUUCCAAGUCGAUGGACCAGUUCCGGCGGCAUGAAACGAGUGCCAGAGAUUACAUUGGGACCGCUGAUAGUACGUGGUGCCUUCUAGUCUUUUGCUGCAUGUUUAUGACAUUCGAAGGCCGUCGCUCGGGGACACCCAGCCGCUUCGAUGCGAGCUUCUAUCGAACGCACGAUGCUCUAGGAUACAUUCCCUCUGAUGUGCAGUCUCUCCGGUCGCAGGCCACGUACUCGUCCGGGUUGCCGAUGUUCUCCGCCUCUGGGCCGUUCGGGGCCGUGUCCAACGGCAUUCCCCGCGGACCCAACGGUGCCAAACGCAGCGUGUACGGCAGUUACGCGUCGUCGGUGAUCUCGCAGGAUCCUGGCGGAGCGAACAGCGUCAUCACGGAUAGCAGCAGUGUGGUCGGUAGCGCGAGCAACAUCGCAUACUCGCAGAGCGACAGGAUCCGGGGCCGGCGCCCCUCGUUCGGCAGCUCGAGUGUGGCCGGGAUCAGCGACGCGGGGAGUCUCUCGCAAUACGACUACAAGAGCCAGGACGAUGCUGCGGAUCUGGACGACAUGAAGAGCCAGUACACCGGAACUCAGUCCGGCGUGACCGUUUUCUGAGUGGACCUUGACGUUGGGUUUGGGUGUCGACCUCCUUGAGACCUGGUUUCCGUCUGUGGCCGCCCGAGUUGGAUCAUCUCAUGCACGGAGAUGGGCCUGCGGACCCGCUUGCGAUGCAGACGAGUCGUUCGUCGCGCGGCCGGGAGGGCAAAUCGACCGCUCGAUUUCCGGCCUAGACUGCUACGAGGUGGUGUCCGGGUCUCUCUGUGCCUGCGAUCCGCUCCAAAAUAGACCGUGGGUCGCCAAGUAGAUACCGUUAGUGACCUUUGAAAUUAUGCUUAUCCUUUUAUGAUUCGGUUUGGAUUAUCUGUUGGAAGGAGCCACAGAGCAGGUACCAUAAGUUCUCAAUGCCCGCUGUCUCUCUCUUCAGUCAUGCCAGGGUGGAAAGAAAUAUGUCAGGUGGCUGAAAGCUGAAAACAAGCUGUACACGGCGAACUCGUGCCGGGCAUGAGCCAUGGCAGACAUUGCGAGGUAAAG